CACACAGAAUAUAUAUAUAUAUGUAACCUUAAAACGGAGCGUUUAAAGGAGCUCUAGGUUUUAGCUUACAGUGAUUUCGAUCAAACACACUUGCAAGUUGCAAGAGAAAGGUGAGACUGAUCCAUAAAAGCACUUCGCAACCAUGACUGACUAUGGACCGGAGCAGGAAAUGGAAAUCGAAGCAUUAGAAGCUAUACUUAUGGAUGAUUUCAAAGAAAUUCAUUCAAGUGAGAGUGGGUUAGAUACUUCAAAUCGAUGCUUUCAGAUAACGAUAUCUCCACAGGAUGAUGAUGCAGAUGAUCCAAUGGACACUCCAGUUCAGUUAGCUCUCAUUUUCUCACACACAGAGAAGUAUCCAGAUGAGUCUCCAUUACUAAAUGUGAAAAGCAUACGAGGUAUACAAACUGUUGAUCUUAGAAUUUUGAAAGAAAAGCUUGAACAAGAGGCAUCUGAAAAUCUUGGUAUGGCUAUGAUCUACACUCUGGUUACGUCAGCUAAAGAGUGGUUAUCUGAAAAAUAUGGUCAAGAUGCAAGCAAUGAGAACAUUGAAGACGAACAGGCAGCAAAAGAAGAUAUAAUUGUACCACAUGGAGAAGCUGUUACUGUUGAUACAUUUCUGGCAUGGAGAGAAAGAUUUGAAGCAGAGUUGGCACUUGAGCGAGCCAAGCUGAUGCCCGAGUCUGCACUUACGGCCCCUAAGGAGAAGAAGCUUACAGGCAGACAGUGGUUUGAAAGUGGUGGAGCGAAAGGAGCAGCCCCAAUUAAAGAAGGAUCUGAUGAGGAAGAUGAGGAGGACAUCGACUUUGAUGAUGAUGAUUUUGAAGAUGAUGAAGAAGAUAUGCUUGAGCACUAUCUGGCCGAGAAAUCUGACUCAUCUUCCCAUUCUUCAAGGCGAGCCAACUAAAUGGAAAUGGAUGGUAUUGGGCUUCUAUAUGGAGUACCCAUUGCAUGGCAAAUAUACCAGUUUUUGUUGUUACCAAAAUAUAGCAGUUUUUGUUGGGACUGUUGGAUAUUGUACUUUUUUUCCCUGCUAUUUCUGGAGUGGAGAGGGAAAUGUAGAUUAGUGGUUACAUUUUUCUUUUAUUAUUAGAAAGUGCAAUUGGAAAUUUGUACUCAUGAGGAGAAGAAAUAUAUUUAGAACUUGGAGAA